AUACAUAUUCAUUCGUCUUUGCGCGCCAAGCCGUUUAGAGUGGCGCAGUCGGACUCGCGCAGUCGAACUCGUACAUAUUGUAUAUUUUCCCUAGUUGUAGUUAUCGUAGAUGGUAGUAACUAUGAAGAUGGAAGGGAAUGUACAACCGUCGACGAAUAACAACAGCGAAGAAGGCUCGAAUGACCCAGGGAAAAUGUUCAUAGGAGGUUUGAGUUGGCAGACGUCGCAAGAGAGCUUGCGGGAUUACUUUGGUCAAUUCGGCGAAAUAUCCGAAUGUAUGAUAAUGAAGGAUCCGAUGACUAAGAGGUCAAGGUGAGUUGAAAAUUUAUUUCGGCGGGAGUCCCCGUCAAAAACCGGUCCAAGGACCGUGUUUUUUUGAGGAUCUAUAUUCUUAGUAGUUACAAAUAAUGAGAGCAGUUUCUUUUGUGACUUAAAUUAGUGCCUAGUUUUUUUUCACUGGUAGCCUGAUCGUUAUACGAUAUUUAGAUGCCGUAGCAUGAUCACGCAGGCGCCCGUUUGCCCUUUUUGCUGUAAAUUCUAAAUUUUCUUUAAAAAAUAUUUAUUUAAAAAUUAUAAUGUAAACUGUAAAUAUUCUAAAUAAUAACAACAACGAAAUAAGAAUAAAAUCUCUUCUUCUCUUUUACUCAUUUAAGAAAAUUUAUUUUCGUAAAAUAAUGAUAAAAAGAAAGGAAAAGGGCUACAGAGAAAGAAAAAAAAAAGAAACGAUAUAAAAUUAAUAAUGCAUAUAAAUAAGGAUAAGAUCCACUUACAGCAAUAAGGGGACGGUGCGUGUUUUGAGUGGUGCCGAAUUUUUUUUGCUUUCAGGGGUUUUGGAUUCAUCACCUUCACUGAUUCAACUUCAGUAGACAAGGUUUUAGCGAACGGGCCUCAUGAACUAGACUCGAAAAUGAUCGAUCCAAAAGUGGCGUUUCCUCGCCGUCAAAAUACCAGUAACAAUCCAACAAAGAUGAUUACCAAAACGAAAAAAAUAUUCGUUGGCGGUUUAUCUGCGACGACAACGGUUGAUGACGUCAGGAAUUACUUCGAUCAGUUUGGAAAGGUUGAAGACGCUAUGCUCAUGUUUGAUAAAGCUACGCAGAGGCACAGAGGUUUUGCUUUCGUCACAUUCGAAAACGAGGAUAUCGUCGAUAAAGUUUGUGAUAUCCACUUCCACGAAAUCAAUAACAAGAUGGUAGAAUGCAAAAAAGCCCAGCCAAAGGAGGUAAUGAUGGCGCAGGACGCUAGUAAGGGUUUUCCCUUUCCGGCCGCCUACGCGGCAGCAGCAACCCUUGGACGCAACACAGCUAGCUAUCCUGGAUUAGGAGCAAAUUACUACAUACCUGGUGCAGCUGGUAAGUCUGGAUUAUUUAUUUUUUUUAUAUAUUUUACUUUAUACUAGUUUUUAUUUUAAAAAAAACAAAAUCCCUUUAGAGUAUUUUAGUUAUAUUUAUGAAUAACGUAUAUAUUUAUCUAUAUUGAUAUAUAUAUUUAUAAUUAUAUACAUAUUCAUUUAGAAAUCUGGUAGUGUUAUUAAUUUUUUUAAUUUCCUUAUUACUUUUAUAGUUAAAUUAUUCUUAUUAUUGACAAUUCGUGUUUUUUGAUAGUGAAAAUGUCUCGUUUUGUUUAUUUCUUUUUUAAUGAAAAAAAAGAAAAUUAGGCUUUAUGCAUAGAAAAAUAAUAUCAGUUUAUAGGAUAAUUAGAAAGGUGAUACAAUACUGAUAUGUGUAUGUAGAUGUAUCUAAAAUUUCAUUAUACCAUUAAUGUAUAUACUGUAUAGAUAUGGGAUAUUAUUUGUAUUGGAUAGAAAUAAGCCGAAAGAGUUAUAGGAUGUGAUUAUUUUAAGUUUAGGAAAAUUACAAAUUUAUAGCCUAAAUACGCAGUUAUUCAUACAUAAGUUUAAUGAAAAGAACGGGCCGUACAUGAUUUAUGAUAAAAAAUCAACGAUGCAUGCGCUUCUUUCGGAUUUGUCACGCUGAAAAAACAAAAAAAGCGUUCCUUUUUCUGAAAAAAAAUUUUUUUAAAGCGAAAAUAAUGGACAAUUUCUGUAUAACAACGCAACCUUGUACUGUAUAUAUUUGCAGUAUAUAGGCCUAUAUUACAUAUAUAAAAAGAAACAUAAAUAAAUAAGGUAGAUAAUAAUACAAAGCGGAGAAAAAAAUUUUAAAGAGAAAGAGAGGAAGUCAGUUAGAACGCGCAUGCGAACCGCCCUAUUAGCCCUUUGCCUGAUUUAGCAUGCUGUGUGUACUCGCCUAUAGGACUAAACAAUACGGUUGCGUCUUCCGGCCGAGGGACGUCACGGUUCUCUAGCGGCGGUAAGAUGUUGCACGGUGUUUUUUAUUUUGCUGUUGAUGCAAUAUACGUAACAUUUGUUCUUUAUGUAAAUGUGUGUGUCUGUGUGUCUUUUUUUUUCUUUGAUUUUUCUUUAAAAAGAAAAAAAAGACGAAAUUUAACAGAAUAUUGAAGUGUAAAAGCAAU